AUGCGACCUCUAAACCUACAACUCGUGGUGUUACUAGCCUUGUUGAGCUGUACCACUGCAUUCCAUGAACCUGCACCUCCAGAUUACAAGGACCUGGUGGGAAAUGCUCGAUGGAUGGUAAAGUACACCAAUGUCAGCAUUGUCUCUACUCACUCCUCCUUUAUGGAUGGUUACCCCUUUGCUCAGAACAAGGAUGUUGCGGAUGGGCUGUACAAUGAGACCCUCAGCACUGGGAUUCCUAUCAUCUACGAUUCUCCGAUGUCUACUCUUACACACGAUUUCUUAAAGGACCCAAGAGUAACAUUCACAUACAGCGCUGGGUUCACACACUACUGCAAGGAGCAAGGUAUUGACAACGACAGUCCAACUUGCGGUAAAGCCAUGUUGUCUGGCCUGAUGGAGAAGGUUACUGACGUUGAUGAGGUGGCGUGGGCUAAAUAUGGGAUAUUUGCACGGCAUCCUGAUACAAAGGACUGGCCUAUCGGACAUGGAUUCACGUUCUACAAAUUGAACAUAAAGAAUAUCUACGUGAUUGAUUACUUUGGAGGAGCCACAAAACAUCUGAAUGUUACGGAAUAUCUCAGUUACAAACAGCCAUCAUGGAUGUAG